GGGGAACAGGCUGCUUUUUCUCGCGGCGGUUAGAGCUCCCAGCGGCGGUGCUAUAAAAGUCGCGAGUCUGGAAGUCUGGAAAGGGGCCGGCACUUCUAGGCCUCUUUCCUCCAAGUUUCCGACUCCCCGGUCCAAGAUGGACAAAGUCUGUGCUGUUUUUGGAGGCUCCCGGGGCAUUGGCAGGGCAGUGGCCCAGUUACUGGCCCAGAAGGGCUACCGACUGGCCAUCGUCGCCAGAAAUCUGGAAGUGGCCAAAGCCGCCGCCGGUGACCUCGGCGGUGGUCAUUUGGCAUUUAGCUGUGAUGUUGCCAAAGAGCAUGAUGUUAAACAUACAUUUGAAGAGAUGGAGAAAAAUUUAGGUCCUGUUAACUUCUUGGUCAAUGCAGCUGGAAUUAACAGGGAUAGCCUUUUAGUACGAACAAAAACUGAAGAUAUGAUAUCUCAGCUUCAUACUAACCUUUUGGGUUCCAUGCUGACCUGCAAAGCUGCCAUGAAAACUAUGAUUCAACAACAGAAAGGAUCUAUUGUUAAUGUAGGAAGUAUUAUUGGUUUAAAAGGCAAUGCUGGUCAGUCUGUGUACAGUGCUACUAAAGGAGGAUUGGUUGGAUUUUCACGUGCCCUUGCUAAAGAAGUAGCAAGAAAGAAAAUUAGAGUGAAUGUGGUUGCUCCAGGAUUUGUUCAUACAGAUAUGACGAAAGCCUUGAAUGAAGAACAUUUAAAGAAAAAUAUCCCUAUGGGGAGAUUUGGAGAACCUAUUGAUGUGGCACAUGCAGUUUUGUUUCUCUUAGAAUCACCCUAUAUUACAGGGCAUGUUCUGGUAGUGGAUGGGGGAUUACAACUCACGAUGUAAUUUACAGAUUUUUCAGUUUGAAUGGUGAUUAGAAUCCGGCACACAUUGUUGAUUAGACAAUCACAUCUACAUGGGUGACAUUUGCUAAUCAAACCUAUUCAUGCUACAAAUGUUGAUUUCCACCUUUAUAUCUGAAAAGAAUGUUUGACCAAUUGUGUUUUUUAAAUGGUAUGUACCUUAUAGACUGUAGCAAUUUUAGUAUACAGAAAUUUUUCAAGUGCUAUAAACAGGUAUUACUAAUUUAUAUAUUUUGUCUCAAAAGUGGAAAAAAUUAUAAAGUUUAAUUUUCAUGAGUUACUUUAUUACAUUAGGUUGAAUGCUCUAGAAGUUAACUUUGUGGGUCAUUGCCAAAAUAAGAGUAUUUAUAUGGCAUUGGUUAGUUGUCAGUACUUUAGCAACCUUGCUAAAGUUAAAUAUUACAUUUCUUUUUAAUAUGCUUUGGCUGAUAAGUUUUUAUACAGGUUGAAAAAAAACUUGUAUCAGUUUGAUGCAAACAUGAAUUUAGAGUCUUUAUCCCUGAUUGAGCUGCUGGGCAAAAUAGUCUACAAACAUAAGUGUGGUAUAGUUGAUCUGUCCUGUUGAAAUUCUCAACGAUGAUGAGCAGUAAGCAUUAACUCAGAGAAACACAGUAUCUGCUAAAUUGACCUCAUUAAUGUAGGAAGUGUAAGUGUUGUGUGUUUUCUUAAAUCCACAAAACAGUAUAGCAAACUACUUAAAAAUAGUAUGAAAAAAUGAUAUUUUAAAAAUUGAGAGUAUUUUGAAUAUGAUUUUUACCCUAAAAUUUUAGUUAGUAAACAAUUACUUACAAUCAUAAAUGAUAAAUAUGCACUACCAAUGGAUUAGAUAUCUUACAAGGAACAAAAGCAUUAGUUUUAAAAGAAAUAUUUGAGAAUAGAGAUAAAGACACAAACUCUAUGUAAAAUAUCAGGGAACAUCUCUUUUUCAUUGAACUAUUUUGUGGGGAAUAGUGUGAUAUUUUGAUGUCACAGGAUUCAUGGUCAUUUUUAUUACUUAAAAUGUUUUAAAUAUUUACUGCACUUUAAAAAGUAAUCCUUUUAUGGUUUUAUUGGAGCUGAACAUUAUUUUAUGUAAACAUACAUAAUUUUACAUUGAAAGUCAGUGAAAAAACAUAGGAUAUAGUAAUAAAUGCAAAGUAAUACAAAGAAAUAUAAAUAAAAUGAAAAGUAAUAAAGGAAAAUCUAUGUUUUAAAUUAAUUUUGCUGAUUCCUUAAAAAUUUCUUUAGAAUUUAUCUUUGAAAUAACCUUCUUUAUAUAUAGGAGUCUUUUUAGGAUGUGAGAAUGUCUGUUAAGUGUGAAUAAAAUUAGAUUAUUAAUCAAAUUGUCUACUAAAUGGAAGCAUGGUAACUUACAGAAUUUAUCAGGCGUUAACAAUUCCAGGCACAUAUAGGAAAUGCAACAUUAAAGAUGGUGCCUCUAAGCUAGGUGAGUUUAUGCAGACAGAGCAGGCCAUUUUCUAACGCUGCCUCACCUGCAGGCUUUUGGCCACCUGCACUUCUUCAUUGUGACAUCCUCUCAGGCUGAAUUCCCUUCUUUGGACACCUCAUGUACUGUAAUUAUCAAAGGAGCUAAUUUGACUGGUGAUUAGGAAGAAAGCAACGUAUUUCAUGGUACUGAUGACACUAAGAUGUAGGCUACAGAUAGGUUUAAACUUUAAGUGU